AGUUAAAUUCUGUUCAAAAUAGCUUGACAUAGUUACAAAGUCUCCUGUGGAAGAAGAGUUUUUGUAAUUCGGAAAUCCCUCACUUUCAAGCAGGCGAAAGUAUGACAUGAACAAUUAUAAUAUCAGUAUCUUAUGGUUAAUUACCUGUGACACCUGACACUAUACGCGGUUGUUGAAAGGAGGCGCGGAUCAAAACUAUAAGGCAUCAGAUUUUGAAAUACUUUUGUCAGCAUGAACACCCAAAGAUUUGGCUUAGUGUCGUUCACGGGGAACACAACAUACGAUCGUAAUUAUCGAAGUGUUCCAAUAAAGAGAGCUGAGAUCCAAAUAUCAAUCGCUGGAUUUAUUGCUAACGUUCAAUCGGUUCUCCAUUACAUUAAUGACUGUGACAAUAACGUUGAGAUAGAGUUUGUGUUUCCAUUGGACACUAAUGCAGCGGUUUACAAGUUUGAAGCUGAGAUAGACGACAGGAAAAUAGUAGGAGAGGUUUAUGACAAAUUACAGGGGAAAGUUAUAUACCAAGAUGCAGUACAUUCGGGUUAUACAGCCAUGUACAUGGCGGAGGAUGAUGGCGCCGGUGAUAUCUUUCGUUUAAGACUUGGGAAUCUUCCUUCCAAGACGACGGCAAAGUUAACGUUUGCAUAUGUACAAGAGCUGGACUUGAACGCUGAUCAAACCGGAACCUUUGUUCUUCCAACUGUCCUCAAUCCACGAUAUGCACCUGAUUGUACACCAACAGAUGAACUAAAUGUUACGGAAUCACAGGAAGAGGUUACAAAGACGAGUUUACCUGAGUCCGAUAUUGAGAUGGCAUAUUAUUCAGACUUUUCAGUAAACCUACUCACUGAAGUUGCAGGAGGUGAAAAUCUAAAAGUGCAUGAUAACAAAAUGGAGGUGGACGUGUUUCCUGAGGCAGUGGAUAAAGUGAUGACAUCGACCAAACGACUUCAACACGGAUCUGACUUUUCGUUACUCUUACACUACAAAGGUUUCGAAAAUCCUAGAGCAAUUAUUGAGAAGGGCAACAAAGAUGCACAAAAUGCAUUUUUGUCAUCGGAUAUCUUGAUGGUCAAUUUCUCACCAGAAUUCAAAGAACUGGAAAAAGAAAAGCUUUGUGAAUUUGUCUUUGUUAUUGAUCGAUCAGGCUCAAUGACUGGAGAUCGUAUAAAAAAAGCGAAAGAAGCUUUAUUACUGCUCUUGAAAUCUCUCCCUGUUGACUGUUUAUUUAACGUCGUCAGUUUUGGGUCCGAUUUUUCUUUUCUUUUUCCAAAGAGUGAGCAGUACAAUGAGGAGAACCUUGAAGAAGCUAUAAAUCUGCAAAAGAAAAUGGAUGCAGAUAUGGGAGGGACAGAGAUUUUUAAGCCUCUUGAAUGUGUUUUUAAAACUAAACCUACAGAUUCGUACGCAAGACAGAUAUUUCUGCUGACCGACGGAGAAGUUAGAAAUGUUUCAAAAAUUGUCGACCUUGUGAGGGAACAGAAAAACACAAGGAUAUUUACCUUUGGUAUUGGAGAAGGUUGUUCAACAGAACUUGUUAGAGGAGUUGCAAAAGCAAGCAGAGGAAAAGCAACAUUUGUGAAAGAUAAUGAAAGACUGAAAUCUAAAGUUAUGGCUGCCCUGAAAUGCAGUCUACAAUGUGCAAUUACCGAUGUGUCACUAACUUGGAACCUUCCAAAAGAUUGCUUAGUAAUCAAUUCCCCGAGAGAAGUUCCUGCCGUUUUCCAUGGAGAGAAACUAAUUUUGUAUGCAAUUAUUUCAGGAGAGAUACCAGAGGAUUACUCCGGUGGAACUUCUUUGAAGAUGGUUGGGAAAGCUGGUGAAAACUCUUUUACGUUUUUAUUGUACUUUGAUAUGAAUCUUCGCAGAUCAAGUGACACUGACAAUUCUUUCCCGCUUCACAGACUAGCUGCAAAGACCAAAUUGUCAGAAAUGGAAAUGAACAGAAGUGAUGAUUACAUGAUGGUAGCAUUGAGCACGAUGGUUAAUGUUACAUGCAAAUAUACUGCGUUUAUUGGCGUUGACAAAAAAGGGAAAGAAACUACAUCAACAGAUCAAGACGAAGACACCUCGUGUAAAACUGAGGCCUCUGAUUCAUUGGAAGAUAUUUUGUUUGGCCUGAGUGACCUUGAUUUAACAAUGGCAAAAUCCAGCUCUAGACCAGGACUUGGGAGAAGAUUUGCGAACUUUUGUUCAAGUCUUUUACCAGCGAGAUUAAAGACAAGAAAACGAAGGAAAUCCUCACGCUCCCGUAGAGAUGAGAAAACUUUUCUCUGUCUUUCUUCUCGUCCAUACAAAAUGAAGAGUAGAAAUGAGAGAAAACGCGGUUACUUCAUAUCAUCUUGUCCAUACGAAACAAAGAGCUACGGACUUUGUGAUGACCUUUCUAUACAACCCGCCUCUUUGGAUAACCGAUACGCUGCAAUGGAAAUGUGUUCCCUAAGCUUGUCAGGUGGUUUAUUAGACGAAAGUGACGAAAAAGACUCUACAAGUAGUAGUAAUAGAGAUGAUGCUCCUUCAAGAAUGAUACAAUUAAUUGAGAGGCAAAAAUUCAAUGGAUCCUGGUCACUAGAUGAAAAUGUAUCACAAAUCCUUAACAAAUCACUGGAACAAAUAAAAGGAUCGAAUGUGAUCAAAGAUUCAGAUGUUUGGGCCACAGCUCUUGCAAUUGCGUUUUUAAGAAAAGAGUUUUCAGUUCAAAAGAACGAGUGGGAAAUGAUAGAAGAGAAAGCGAUGAAAUGGUUAAAAACUAAAGAUCUGGAGGGCAAAGAUAUCAUAGAGGAAGCUAUGACAUUCUUGUCUGCAUAACAUGCAUUCAUAUUGGCCCUGUCAUUGAUACAAAAAAUCUUAAGGCUGACCUGAAAUCGAAAUCCUUUAUUUAUUCCCCUUGUGUGGGCGUUGCGAUAAUUAAUUUUUUUUCGAUUCAGAUCUACUAGUAUUUCCAAGGUACGUGUCAGUAAUACCUAGUGCAAACCUGGCAUAGAAGAUGAAACCUGAGAUAUACACUCCAGAAACGACACAAAUCCAGACGCAUUUUGCUCACCUAAUAAACACACUCAAGUGAAUUUUAACAUUUGUCAAUUAUUCCGGAUAACUUUCCACAUUUUCAUUUUUUUUUACAGAACA